CCCCUCCCUCAGCCCCAAACCCUUCAGGGCGAGCCCCCGGGACCCCCAACCCCUCAGCCCGGCGUGCUGCGGUGCGGUGUGGUGCUGGGGGGGGGGACGACAACGGAGGAGGGGGGGGGGCACAGCGGCAUCAGGUGCAGGCGGGCAGGGCAAAGCCCAGCCCCCGGCUGCCGCCUGCGCGUUGAGCCGGGCCCGCCCCUGUGUGUGCGGGGAGGAGCCGGGCGCGCAGCGGGCUUCGCCGGGGAUUUCCAGCCUGAGCGGGCGGGAGAGGAAGUGCGGGGCGGGGGGGAGACGGCGCAGGGCGGCCGGGACUUUCCGCCGGGCUUGGCGGGCGCCUUUCGCCGGGCUCCAGCCGCCGCCGUGCCCGCUCGCAGGCGGCGCCCGGUGCCGGGACCUCGGCGGCGGCAGCGGCCGGGGACGGACCAGCGCGGACUCUGCCUGCCCGGAGGCGCUCGGUAUUUUGCAGAUGAACCUAUGACUGACUCAUAAUCUGAGAACUGCAGCGGCUUGUAAAAUAGGAAGCAGGAAAGCCUGAGUGCUUGGGCUUUAACUGAAUCAAGACCAGCUCUCAGCAGUGGGAGACUAUAUUAAUCCAUUGGAAGUACAGACUGCAAUCUUGUGUAUCACUGCGGUUUGUGUUGCGAAUUUUUCUCAUGUAAACAGUUAUUUUUUGACUUUUGGCAGUUCCCAGCUUAAGACUGAAGUCCUAUUAUACAAGGUAAUACAUAUACAAGUAUGUGAAGAGGUGGGAUCUUGGUAGGUGUCCAGGUAAGAUGAGAGAAAGGAGGCAUUAUAUCUGUUCCUUGAUGAAUGGGAAUAGAAAUGUGCAGAAGUGCUCCAAGUCAUGCAGAAAGUCUCUUAAUAGUUCUGAUUAUUUUUUUCCUGUUCCAAAGCCAACAGUCCUUUCCCCUUUCAAAAUCUGUUAUCGUAUUUUUUUUAUGUGGCACUUAAUGUUUGGCCCACAAGCCAGGGAAGAGAUUCUAAACUGAAGAUGACCUUUGGCACUGAAUAAAAUAUUUUUAGUAGACGCAAGCUUAAAAUAACUAAAACUUUGUAUGGGAGCCUAAACUUGAGUACACGUUGUCCAUUAUAAGAACUAACUAAGCCAUAUUGGAAGAUGAGAAAAACAAACGCACACAACCCCACAAGACAAAACAACAACAACAACAACAAAAAUAAGGCUGCUGUAUCAGUGCAUGGGAUCUCAGGAACCCUUGUGAAAAGUAAGUGAAGCACUUGUGCCCAGCUGUGAGAAAGUAGUCUUUCUCCCAUCUGUGGGUGGGGGAGUGGGAGGCAGAUAUUUCGGUUAUAUCUGUGAGUCUGUACCUGUGUUGCCCAUUACCACCUUCUUUAAAAGGUCAAUGUAAACCCUGUUGAAGCUUGCCACUAAAAACAAGCAGUCUUUUCACUGCUAUGAGCCAGAAGCCAAGAGGAUGCGUGCACCUCCUAAUUCUUUCCUGUUUCCUUUCUGCUUAUCCCCAAAUAACACAGUCUGAAUGUUGGCUCCUGCCCCUUCUCCUGGGGCUGCAGAAGAAGGUAGGGAGGUGAGAUAGGGAGUGCUGAAGAGUUACUGGAGGUUGCUGAGCUUUCGGUGCCACUGUCAGCAUUUGUUCAGCCCCACCUGAUGUUCCAGUGAUGCCAAAACAGAUAAGUCUGGGCAGGAUGCUCACCCAAGGAGGAGGUGGAUGGAUCUUGAGGAAUAAUAGCUUUCUGAUGGUAGGCAGCUGGGCUGCUGUGGACUAAAAGAUCUGGCCUUGAGCCUUGCUCUGCAGGAUGCAGAGGGAAGGAGGGGUGAAAAGCAGUGAUGAGCCUAUUGUUGCAAAUGAGCUAACUGGCUGAUUGGUACUGGGGCUCUCAUGCUGCUCCCUCUGCUCUUAAAUGCAGCUGUGAAGAGUGAAGAAGAGAGAGGGGGAAGGGGAAAACAAGCUAGACUAAACUUCUCUGUUAAAGCAAGUAUAAAUUAGACCUCUAGUGUCUGAAGAGGCAGUGGGCAUAAAUAAAAUAAACCCUAAGAAAUUACAUCUAAACACAAGAAAACCUUUUUGAGGGUGCUCAAAUGCUGCAGCAGGUUGCCCAAGGUGGGGUUGGAGAGUCUCUUGUAGGGGAUACUCAAAACCCAGUGGGACACUGUUCUGAGCAGCCUGCAGUAGUGACCUUGCUUGGGUGGGUGGACUGGACAAGAUCAGCUCCAGAGAUGCCUUCCAACCUCAGGCAGUCCGUGAAAGUUUCUUUAGUGUUUUUUUUUUUCUAACGUAUACUUUAGCUGCUGUUGCAGAAUACUUGGGAAAUAAUUACAGAUGCUGCUGCUGGCCAUUUGUCUUGCAAAUGCUGCUGCUGUGUAAUCAUGGCAAUUUUAAUUGUAUGGGGAAAGCAUCCAAGUGUUAAAAUAGUUAAUUAACUAGACUGCCCUAUUUAAACAGCAUAAGCAAAAAAAAAAAAACACUGAAAAACCACAAAAUAAACAACAACCCUCUUCCCUCCUCCCCCAAAAAACCCUAUCACCUUCAAAACGUUAAAAGACUUUUUGCUUUAUUUUUAACACCUUAACAUAUUAGUGGCUAUGAACAUAAAAGAUAGUUUUAAUAUAAAUAGUGAAGUCACUAAAAUAUUUAUCAAAAAUAUUUUUUCGUAUCAUUUACCUUUUUUUCCCCCUGAUUCCCUCUAAGUUUGCCACAAAGUACACCUCAAAAAUUAUCCAAUGAAAAGGAGGGGAAAAAGAUGAAGGAAAAGAGAUGCAGGAACGUGAGAGGGACAAUAGAGAAAAUGCUAGAGAUUUCACCAAACUCUGCAGUUUAUUCCCUUAAGCCCACAUCUGAUGUGGCAGGAGAUGAUUUGAACAAACUUUACUGUGACUGUUUCUUUCCUGGGCUCUUUCAGUCCUCUCCUGCCUGCAUUUUGCGUAGCCAUCAGAAAGACUGCAGUGCAGUCAUUGGCAAGGAGGGAAUUACUAGGAGGGAAAAUCAAGCUGUGGUGACUCCUCUUGCAGUGUUGUGUUACUGAGAUCCGUGUUUGGGAGCGGGAGGUAAUGCAUGGAUGCCUUCGGGUUCCAGAUUCAGAGGUCGGGCUGCUUGUGAAGCAGGAUGUGGAUAAGUCUUCAUUGUGUCCCUCGUGUGUGCAUGUCAUGGCAGAGCGCCAUUAAGUUUAUUGAUGCAGUGGUUUGUUUGUUCUGUGAUAUGAACUGCUUGCAGUUUCUGCCUAAUGCUUUGUUUCUAAUCCUCUGUGCUCAGACAGUGGAGAGCAAGGAUGACAGCUGGGAACACGCUGCCGAGCUGGGCCCUCGGUGCCACCCUGCUUAGUGUCAUCGGGGAACAUCGUUGCGCUGGCACCACGGAAUAGCUGGUCAGGCUUCCCAGAGUUCGCUGACACUGUUAGGCUUUGUGAAAUUAUCUUAGAGCAUGGAUGCCAGUAAGAAGACAGAACCUCCUUUAUCUGUAGAAAUGGUACAACAAAGGGCCAAUCCCGAUCGCAGUCCUUCAGCAUCAAUUUAUGUUCCAGAGCAAGGCGGCUACAAAGAGAAAUUUGUAAAUGCUGUGGAGGAUAAGUAUAAAUGUGAAAAAUGUCACCUCAUCUUAUGCAAUCCUAAACAGACUGAAUGUGGACACAGAUUCUGUGAGACCUGCAUGAAUGUCUUGCUAAGUUCUUCGAGUCCAAAAUGUACAGCCUGUCAAGAAAGCAUAGUGAAAGACAAGGUGUUUAAGGAUAAUUGUUGCAGGAGAGAACUUCUUGCCCUUCAGAUAUACUGCAGAAAUGAAAACAAGGGCUGCAAAGAACAACUGUCUCUGGGUCAAUUACUGAUGCAUUUGAAAACUGAUUGUCAAUUUGAAGAACUUGCAUGUCCUCGUGCUGAUUGCAAAGAAAAAAUACUAAGAAAAGAUUUGCCAGACCACGUAGAGAAGACCUGUAAAUACCGGGAGGCAACUUGUAAAUACUGUAAAAGCCAAGUCCCAAUGAUUAUGUUGCAGAAACAUGAAGAUACAGACUGCCCAUGUGUCAUGGUUUCAUGUCCUCAUAAAUGUAGUGUUAAGACACUCAUGAGGAGCGAGUUGAAUGCACAUUUGUCAGAAUGUAUUAAUGCCCCAAGUACCUGUAGUUUUAAGCGUUAUGGCUGCACAUUUCAGGGAACAAACCAACAAAUUAAAGCACACGAAGCCAGCUCAGCAGUGCAGCAUGUUAACUUAUUGAAAGAGUGGAGCAAUGCUCUAGAAAAUAAGGUGGCCUUGCUCCAGAAUGAAAGUUUGGAAAAGAACAAGAGUAUACAAACUUUACAUAAUCAGAUUUGUAGCUUUGAAAUAGAAAUUGAAAGACAGAAGGAAAUGCUGCGGAAUAAUGAAUCUAAAAUACUUCAUUUACAGCGAGUGAUAGACAGUCAAGCAGAGAAACUGAAAGAACUGGACAAGGAAAUCCGUCCCUUCCGACAGAACUGGGAGGAGGCUGACAGCAUGAAGAGCAGUGUAGAAUCCCUUCAGAACAGAGUGACUGAGCUGGAAAGUGUUGACAAAACUGCAGGACAAGGAGCUCGAAAUACAAGCCUGCUAGAGACACAGCUGAACAGGCACGAUCAGAUGCUGAGUGUUCAUGAUAUUCGGCUGGCUGACAUGGACCUCCGAUUCCAAGUUCUAGAAACUGCCAGUUACAACGGAGUACUAAUUUGGAAAAUUCGAGAUUAUAAACGUCGGAAGCAAGAGGCAGUCAUGGGGAAGACUCUGUCCUUGUACAGCCAACCCUUUUAUACUGGAUACUUUGGCUACAAGAUGUGUGCCAGAGUUUACCUUAAUGGAGAUGGCAUGGGAAAGGGGACGCACUUGUCACUGUUUUUCGUCAUAAUGCGUGGAGAAUAUGAUGCAUUGCUUCCUUGGCCAUUUAAGCAGAAAGUGACUCUAAUGCUAAUGGAUCAGGGACCGUCCCGACGCCACUUAGGAGAUGCUUUCAAGCCAGAUCCCAACAGCAGCAGUUUCAAGAAGCCAACUGGAGAAAUGAACAUUGCGUCUGGCUGCCCAGUCUUUGUGGCUCAAACUGUUCUAGAGAACGGAACGUAUAUUAAAGAUGAUACUAUUUUUAUUAAAGUCAUAGUGGAUACAUCGGAUCUACCAGACCCCUGACAUACGAUGGGGGAGGCAGAUUAAACAGAAGACAACUCCAUUUGGGGGUUUUGUAUCAGUUUGUCUUCAAUCAGAGGUCCUAAAGCUCACAGAACCACCUUGUGGAACAGACGGAAGAGUUUGAAGGCAUAACUGCAUAGGGUCCAAUUGCGAAAGUAGCAACACAUUAAGAAAUCAUACCAUGGUGUAUUUUUUAAUAGAACUAGCGACACUUAAACUCUGAAGAAUCAUUUAUCCCUCAUGAGGAUAAUGAUUAUGGUCAGAGAGGGUUUUUGUUUUUGUUUUUAACUUAUUAAUGAUCUAGUCAAUUGGAGGUGAAAAGACAUAUACAGUAUGUGCUGAAUAAAUUACUGACUUUUAUUUCUUUAAGCUAGAAUACAAAAAAAACAUUCACAUGUGGGCUAGCUGGAAAUUGUCAGCAUGUUAAAAGAAGAAAUGAAGUAAUGUUGCAAUUAUAUUAUUUGAAAAACUGAGGUGCAAUCUUGUCUGAAAUAUAGUAUAUUGUCUUUUUAAGGCCUCAUCUGGUCUCUGUUUUAAUAAUUACUUUGUCAGAAGAUCUUGGAAAAGUAUCCAUGUCUUCUCAAAAGUAUCUGAAUCAAAAUCAUAUUUUUAUUUAAAGUUCUAUUGUUACAGAAAACAUUUUAUUUUAAAACUGUUGAUAGACUGAUAUUUCUUGGAAGAAAAAUAGAAGAAAUCAAACACUGGUUAUCACUUGUGAUAGGAAAAAAAACUAUUCAAUUCUGUUAUUUCUCUUUAGAAAUGUAAACCUACAAUAUAUGUCGUAGUUAAUGACACUAUUUCAAAAUUAAGGAAAAAUCACUCAUGGAUGCUGUGCAUCAUUAUCAGAUUUAUAAUUGUUUUCACCCUAAAAUAGGGCAUUUGUUGAACUUUGGAGUUCUAAACGGAAUCCUGUACAUUUUUUAAAGUUCUGCCCCAUGCUUUCCGAUCAAGCUAUAUAUGUUGCACAUUAUGCUGUCAGCAGUAUAUAGUAUAUUCAGUAUUGGGGAGGAGGAUUAGUGCUGAAAAAAGCCUGUAUGUUUGUUCCGUACUAGCAGCCAUUGCUUCUUAAGGACAAAUCAGCCAUGUCUUAAUACAGUGAUGGUGGCUUGCAUGCAUACAUGUGCCUUAGGUGUGCUGUGCUGCUUAUAAACCAUAGCUUUUUAUUCAGAUUAAUUCUGAUAUCUGAAAUGGUAGUUUAAUUGGACUUCAGGCAUAAUGUUUAGCCUUGUCUUCAGAGCCCGUAGGCACCUUGUGAUGUGCAAAAUCGAAGCCAAAACCGAUUUCUCUGGCUUCUGGAGCUUCUAUGACUUGGCCAUUGCAGAAUCCACCGUACUCAGGUGCCAAAACGUUAUGCCCAGUGCUCCUAUGGAGCUCGGACUAGACAGUCUCCAUGGCCAGCGUGAAGGAAGGCGACAUUUUUCCUCUAAUGCCUGUGGUCGUAAGGUGGCAUCACUUUAAACAGACUCAUCCGAGAACUCUGUGGGGCUGUGAAUAUAUAUGCUCAUGGCAGCUUUUCAUGGUAGACGAGCAUCCUAACAGGGAAUGCCCAGGCUUCUUUACUCUAACAGCCUGAACUUUAGUGGAAAGCAUUUGCUAGCACUGAAACAUGCUGAUUGCAACCUGCUGUGUUCAUCUGCUUCUAUUUAAUAGCCUGUGACAAGCAAGUCUAGUGACAUAGCCUGACUGUGGUGCUUUUUAAAUCCAAGAACCGCUUCAGCAGAGCGGGCUUGCACCGCUGUGUUAAGCCUUCAUGGGCUUGUUGAAGGAAGAUGGUGCAUCUUAGUCUUUAACGUCAGGUCGUAUCAGCUUUCUGCUUUUUGAGGCAUAGUCACAAUUUUUGUCUAAGGUGCAGUUGAAUUCAUGCCUUUGUAUUUCAGCUUGUCUUUGCUCUUGUCUUUUUUGGCUGUGCCUUCACACACAGUGCCUGCAAGAAAUAUUUAUGAAUAUACAAUGCAUGCUAAGUGGUCUUCAUGGGUUUUCCAGGCACCUGCUAGAAUACUGCCUGCUGCUGACAGUCACGACUGUCAGUAGCAAUUUGUCUUCCUUUUCUUGCCUUCCAUUGUCCCGGUACUGUAUUCCCGUUAUGGUACACAGCUGUCAACAGGUGCAAGCUAAAAUAUGGAGGCACGUGCUAGCAUUGAAUUUCUAGCACAGAAGGAGGACGUUCUGCACAAGAGAUAAAUAUCUAUAGAUAUACCUGCAUCUAUAUCUGUAGAUAUAAUUACGUGGCACUUGCAGUUUUAUGCAGGCUGCACAAGCAAACCCAUCACUUACGCUUUCGGGCGGAGGUUCGCUCAACUCGUGUCAUUUUAAUAAUUGUGAAUGUAGGCAGCUGAGCUUUUGUGUUUGUGCAUCACAGAAUUUUACUGAAAACAGGAUUCCCAAGUGGAAAUGUCCAAAGGACUCUCCUCCCAUUGCUAAUGCAUGUCUUGCAAACUUAAAUGAAAACAUUUGGCCAUCUCAAAACAGUUUAUAUCCUGUUGCAAUCUGGGACUUGGAGGAGAUUUCUGGUGUAAGCAGGGCCCAGCAUAUUCUGCAGAUUUGUGACUAAAGUUUCCAGCUCCUGUGACAGAAUUGCGCUUCUAAAUCCAGGCUCUAAAAGAGGAGGAAAAAAAAGAGUUUCCAGCCUUUAUGAUUGAAAGAGGACUUUGAAACAUGUGAAAAGUGUAAACUAAUAGGGAAGUCUUCCUGAGUCUGCACACAGCCUAAACUAGUAGCUUUAAGAGAUCUGAAUAUCUCCUCUUAGCGGGAUAUUGACUCAGAAACUUCGUAGAGAAGUUCAAAUGUGAACACUGCUAACUCUAUUAAUGCCGAUCACUGUAGCAGAAACAUCAGUCACUGUUGUUAUUUCACAGAUCUCUAUGCUGCUUUCCACAUCUCCCAAGUGCCAAAAGCACCAGCUGCCAGAGUCUUCAGCUUCACUUGGGCAGCUUUUAUAAUGCAGUAAUGUGCUAUCAAUAUAAAAAUAUUUUUGCAUAUAUGCUUUUUAUCACAGUUAAUAAAACGGAGGCCUACUGCACUUACUUUUUAAAACUACAUGAAGCUGCCAGAGAAUUUCCAGUUUGCCAACCCUGCGUACUGUGAAAUCCGGGAUCUUGCUACACAAAUGUAAACACCGCCUGCUGUGGAAUACCCGAAGCCUUGACCGUAACACCCCUCUGUCCGCAGAACUCACAGGCCAUCUCUGCAGAGUUCUUACUGUGUACAUAGAAAUCAGUUUCCUCUGCUUUCCAGCAAGGAGUAUGUAGCAUUUUGUGAAAACAAGGCCGCUGUAUAUUCUCUAAAUUGGAAGGAAAGAUACCUGGUGCUUUAUUCAACACUUUAAAUUAUUUAUCUUUUUUUUUUCCUAUCAUUGAAAUGCCCUUUAUCCUUUUUCCUAUGUGUUUCUGACCCAGAUAUCCAAAGGUUUUUAGGGAAGGUCUAUUCAAAAUGGUUCAUAAGGCAACAGUCUGCCCCCAGGCUACUCUUGAACCCCUGGCAAGUUGUGUGGCAACUCGUGUGGUGUGCCAUUAUUGCAUAAAGGGGUCCCAGAGUAUUUCCAUUACUAUGAACAGUGUUUCUGCAGUGGAACCUUUUUUCCCCUCUGCUUAGUAGUUCUUAGCAGUGCACAACCGAAGUCUCUUGCUAGUGUUCUUUCUUAAUGAUGACGCUCCAGGUGAUGUGCAAGCCUCUUUCAUUUCCAGCUUUCUCUGGGGAGAUGCCAGUGAGAAUCUGGAUGUUGCCCUUCUUGUGCACUGUUCAGCACAGGGGCACGCAUCUGUUAUUUAGAAAGUCUUGAAUUCUAAACAGGAUGAAACUAUUUCGGUUCAAAGACCAACCCGCGAUUAUUAUGAUUGACCAUGUCUGCAUUACUUCUCUGAUCUGACUAAAGGGGUCUUGUUUCAGUUACUGUCUACAUGGUACGCCUUCAACUGCUGACUUACAAUAUGCAAUGUGGAUUUCAGCCUUGUACUGUAAAUGUUCUUCACAAAGAGAAUGUGCAAUAGGAAAAUGGGAAAGGUGGCAUAAUUUUGACGAAAAAUGUGGGUAACGUGCUAGCUUUCUUAUAAAUAUGAAAAACGGUUUAUGUCCUUUUCCAGUGGGUUCUCCUACUUGGAAAAGGAAAGUUGAAGAUAUGUGCCUGUUUCUGUGCCUGGUGAAUUUCUCAAAUGCAAAGAUAAUAGAGAUUUGUGUUAGUUGUAAUUUAAGUGUUGAACCCAUGAGUGUUAGGUCGUGAUUGUAUCGCUCGUGUUUCUCAGCUUGCCACGAUUUUGGCUUGUUGAGUUUAAAAGGUACCACCUAUUUGUAUUCCAUCAUACGUAAUAGGCAGUUCACCAACAAUGCAGGGUUUCUGUUGUGUGUGAUAUUUUUUUUUGAUUUUUUUCUUUUUGUUCUGUUUUUAAAACACUGGUGCUGUUUGGUCCAAGACAGAAGCGUGUAGGGAGUGACAAGAAAAGUUGCCUGCACCGCAGAAGAAUGAAAAACGUUACCGCAGUAUUGAUGCCUUGUUAUGAUUUAACUAUGCAAAUAUACAAAUAGGUGAGGGGGGAAAAUUCUUGGGUUCUAUACCUAAUCUCUUAGUUCUUGCUCGCUAAAACACUCACAUGUGUAGGUACAUACAUAUGCGUACAGACAUGCAUGCACAUAUAUAUGCAAAGUCUUUUCUUUAUGUAGAAGUGAUGAAACAAAACCCUUUUCCCCCAGUUUAUACUUGAUCAAGUUGUGCAAAUAUAACUUGCUGCUGCUAAGGGAGGGUCUGGGCUAAGGGCAAACUUUGGAUUCCCAUCUUUCAGGUUUGAAGGCUUGCGCAUAGCAAACAAACCAUUUGUUGACUGGGAAAAUGAGCAAUUUGCUUAGCCUUUCUGGAGACCUUGGAAUGUCAUCUAGGACAUGUCCUUCCUCAUACUCAGCUAAUUAGGAGAUUCCUGUUUUUUAAACUAGCAGAGAGAUGGGCAACUUGUGAAUUGCGAAGUCAAUUUUUCUUUUUAAUUUGGGAACAAAAGAUGAUGAUAAAGCUGGAUCUCUUCUUCAAAUUCCUGUCCUGUUCGGUCAAUACCUCUAUGUUCUGGUUGACCUAGGAAUCUUAGCUACUGCAAUAAAACUGCUCAGUUCU